GGCAACCAGGCUCGCAUGGCCAGGCCACAAGGCCAGGGACAGUCUGCCGAGCUUGCGCAUGUCCCGCUGCACGCGAAAUUGGCGCUGUCGUCUUUCUUGUAUCUAUAUACGAUAUGAAAUGCUAACAGAACUAGGCGCCGCGAACCCCGCUGGUCAAUAACCAGAAUCGAGUGAGCGUCGCGGCGGGGAGAAUGCCUCCGAAAGCGGCCGAAGUGGCGGAGCCGCCUUCAAGAUGGGAGAAAUUCAGGUUAUUCAUCAUCAAGAACUUUCUGCCGCUAGCGUUCUUAAUCGCGCUCACAUGGGCGCUGGCGUGGCCGGUGCCGGGGCGCUACCUGGCCGAGAUCACGGUGCUGGGCAAUGUGAAGAUCAUGCAGGUUGUGCCCAUGGCUGUUGUGUUCUUGAUCACGGGUCUGCAACUGGACACAGCCGCAAUGAAGCGAGCACUGGCGCUGCGAAACGCGCCGUCCAUCGUGUACGGUUUCCUGGCCAUUUUGCUCAUCACGCCCUGCCUGGGGUUCUUGUUCCUGGAGAUUCCGCUCAGGCCCUACGAGUUCUCGAUAGGCCUGACCGUCUUCUGUGUGGCUCCCACCACGCUGGGAGUGGGUGUGGCGCUGACGGUGGCGUGUGGCGGCAAUGACGCGGUGGCGCUGCUGCUGACCGUGGGCACGAACGCGCUCGCGGUGGUGACCAUGCCGCCCGAGCUGCGGCUGCUGCUGCACGGCGUCCAGGACCCCAACCCCGUGACCGCCUCGCCGCCGCUGCCGCCCGCGCCCUCGCCGCUCGGGGCCUACAGCAACGGAACCGGCGGCAGCGCCUGGCCGCCUCCGCCGCCGUCGCCGCCGCCGGGCUCAGCAGAGGACCAGAGCUUCAACAUGGCAGUCAGCAUCACGGACCUUUUGAUCAAGCUGGCCAUCACGGUGCUGGUUCCCUUCAUCAUCGGCAAGUGCUUGCGCGAGGCCUUCCCCGCCGUGCUGCACUUCGUCAAGUCCAACCGCGUGCCGCUGUCGCUCUUCUCCACCUCCUGCCUGGCCUUCGUGGUGUGGCAGACGCUGUCGUCCGCGCGCGACCUGCUGCUGGAGCAGUCGGCGGGGCCGGUGCUGGCCAUGAUGGGGCUGUCGGUGGGCAUGCACCUGGUCUACCUGCUCUUCAACUACCUGGUUGUGUGGUUCCUGCUGCGGCCGCCGCUCAAGGAGGCGGUGGCGGUGGUGAUCAUGGCCAGCCAGAAGAGCGCGCCCGUGGCCGUCACCGUCAUCGCCUACCUGGUCAAGAGCACGCAGCAGCAGGGGCUGCUGGCGCUGCCGGCGGUGGUGGGGCAGCUGGCGCAGAUCUUCAUCGGCUCGGGGCUGGCGGCCUGGCUGUCUGGCGUGGUGAAACGGAAUGACGCCCUGGAGAAGGCGAAGGCGGCGCUCGCGGCCGCAGAGGCCGAAGCCGCAGCGGCGGAGGCGUUGGAGGCGGGCACGGCACUGCCGCCGCCGGGCGACGGCGGCAGCAGCCCGGGCGCUCCGCCGGUGGCGGGCGGGCCGCCUGCCGCGGCACCUGCCGAUGGCGUGCCGGUAGAGGGUUUGCCAGUUGCGGCAGCACGUGCCGCCGUAGGGAUAGCAGCAGGGGUGGCGACUGCGGUGCCGCCAAAGGCUGCACUUGAGUCCGAAACCAGGGCAGCCGCAGCAGCGGCAGCGGCAGAGCCGAAGGCAGCAGGGAAGUGGUCCGGCUGCUGGCCUCGUGGCGGCGCCGCCACCUCGGCACCGGCAGAGGCAGUUGCAGCAUCAGCGGCGGCGGCGGCCGCGGCUCCUGCGCUGGCUGCGCUGACAGCACCAGCAGCGGCGGCAUUGACACAGCCGGCAGCAUGCGGCGAGGUGCAGCUGCCCACACACGCGCGUGGAGCUGGUGCUGGUAGGAGCGGGAGUGGGGGCGGGAGUGGGAGCGGUGGUGCCAGCAGGAGCGGAAGCGCAAGGGCGGGAAGCGCGCUGGCUGUGACUGCGGAUGCUGAUGCUGGCGUGGGUGGCGGCGCCAACGGGUCCGGGACCGUGACGGGUUCAGACAUGGAGUUUGCCGCUCUGGCAGCAAUAAGUGCAGUCCCGUCAGUGAAGGUCAAGUAGCUGCUGGUGCGGUCGGAGGGCAUCCGGGAAUGUGAUACCGGUGCUUACUUGGGAAGGUAGGAAGGGUAAGGCAGCCGAGCGUUAUUACACGUGCGGCACUGCAUCCGUGCACGUGGCUCCAUUGGCCGUGCUUCGCGCGCAUGCAUGCAUGUUGGCUGGUUAGGACGCAUGCAUUUUGCACACCUACGCGCAUGGAGUCGCGCAUGUUAUUUUAAUCGGUACAGAGACGGGGGAGGCCGUGGUCGGACUGGGGGAUGCCUCGUGUUGCAGGCGUAUGUGUUGCAGGCAGGUGGGCAGCGAAUGUGCGUUUUCGCGUGGGCACGUUUACACAUGAUCACUUUACUCAUGCAAGGAUUGGUUGGGCGUAGCCGCGGCGAAGGCGUCAUGGAUGCAGGCAGCGGCGGUAAGUUUUGUGCUCCCCAGGCAGGUGCCUUUCCUAGAGCCGUCAACGCACGAGGCACAAACUCAAGCAUGCCGCAGCGGAAGCCGAUGAACGUAUGUUUGGAAUAUCGUGUACAACGCACCAUAAAGGUUGCCGGGAAACAAGCAUUUGGUGGCGCGGAUGCAGAUGGGCCUUAGUCACAUCUCGGCGUAUGGGUAUCACGGCGUUGCACACUUUUUCUUUAUUUACUCUUUUCCAGCGCCACGUAUUAUAAAUUGCUAUUCCCUAUUGUAGAAAAAUAGGCGGCAGGGAAAACUCGGCUGGAGCGAGAAGCGACCUCGCGAGUCCAUGGACAUCUUGACUUUCGCGAGGUCGCGAGGUCGCAAGGAAAGCAGCCCUGUCACGCGGAUUCCACAAAGGAAGAGUUGCCAACUUCAAACUUUCCCCUUCGCACCCUUGUAGCCGUAGCACAGGCCAAACAAUUCUGAAGUCCGCCCAACCUUGCCCCUGUUAGGGGUGUGGGCCGGCUCCCACACCCCUAACGUUCAUAAUGGUUCAGAAAAAUAGCACCCGUAAGGUGUCGCUGCGAAGCGUUUGCAAGGACGAGGCAACGCUCGCAGCAAUUAGGUUCAAGGUAGAUUUUGUGGCCACGCCCCUUCCGGCGGUGCAGGGCCUGGAGACGGCGGUGGCGGCGGCGGUGGCACCGCGCCUACCGGCGGCAACAGCAGCGGCCACGGCGUUGGGCCCGGUGGUGGUGGCGGCACGGGCGGCCCUGGGCCCAGCGGCAGUGGCGGCGCGCAUGUUCGGAGCAGAGGGGGCGGGCAAGGCCACGUGGAGGAGGACAGCGCGGCGCCGCCUUCAAAGCGGCGCCGGCGCGCAGGUUGAGACCUGCCGGUGUUGUCUGGUUAGCGACCUGUGCUGACGAGGAUGGCGUAGCGGGCAGUCAGCUGCAGCGGCAGGGGUGUUUUCCUUGCUGUCUGGUUGGCCUGCUGCCUGCUGCACUAGUGCUUGAUAGCUGGGCGCGACUGGGCACAUAUGGCGGGCGGUGCCUGUACAAACCGACCCCGGCUAUGUCCGGGAGAUGAGGCUAGUAUCGGAACCUUCGGCCUCAGACGGAGGACGUGGCGUGGCGGCACAGCCCACUUUUCCCUUGCAAGGGAGAGCCACC